AAGCAGGGCGCAGUGGGGCGCGACAGGCAGGGCACAGAGAUCCUCCAGGCUCGCGUGGGGACCAGACGAGGAGACUCGGUCCCGCUCUGCGCUCUGCAGGUAGCCGCUGCUUCUGCGAGGUCCCGGAAAGCACAUAGAGUUUCCUAAGCCGGCCAGGCAGACGUGAAAAAGAGGAAAGGAAUUUCCACCUCCGGGGCUGGGCCAUUUUACUAUUGCUGCUUGUCUGCUUGAGUGAGGAUGGUGAGCCCGACGGUGUCAGACGUGCACCCCACCAUGGGGGUCAAGAUCUUCUCAGCCGGAGUGUCGGCCUGCUUGGCGGAUGUGAUCACCUUCCCGCUGGACACCGCCAAAGUCCGCCUACAGAUCCAAGGCGAAAGCCCGACCUCCAGCGGCAUUCGGUAUAAGGGCGUCCUGGGGACUAUCACCACGCUGGCAAAGACUGAAGGGCCCGUGAAACUGUACAGCGGGCUCCCCGCAGGCCUGCAGAGGCAGAUCAGCUUCGCCUCCCUCAGGAUCGGCCUGUAUGACACCGUCCAGGAGUUCUACACCUCGGAGAAAGAUGCAACGCCUAGUUUGGGAAGCAGGAUUGCAGCUGGCUUAACCACCGGAGGAGUGGCAGUAUUCAUCGGGCAGCCCACGGAGGUCGUGAAGGUCCGACUCCAGGCGCAGAGCCAUCUACAUGGCCUCAAACCUCGCUACACUGGGACUUACAAUGCUUACAGAAUUAUAGCAACAACAGAAAGUUUGAAAAGUCUUUGGAAAGGGACAACUCCCAAUCUGUUGAGAAAUAUCAUCAUCAACUGCACAGAGUUAGUCACGUACGACCUGAUGAAGGGCGCCCUUGUGAGAAACAAGAUACUAGCAGAUGACGUCCCCUGCCAUUUACUGUCAGCUCUUAUUGCUGGGUUUUGCACAACGCUUCUGUCCUCUCCAGUGGAUGUGGUGAAAACCAGGUUUAUUAAUUCUCCACCGGGACAGUACCUAAGUGUGCCCAGCUGUGCAAUGACAAUGCUCCUCAAGGAAGGACCCACGGCUUUUUUCAAAGGAUUCGUACCUUCCUUCCUGCGACUGGCAUCCUGGAACGUCAUUAUGUUUGUGUGCUUUGAGCAGCUGAAGAGGGAGUUGAUGAAGUCAAGGCAGCCCGUGGACUACGCCACUUAAUUGGCUUCGAGGAAAGGAAACAGCUUUCUUUGCUGAUGCAACAUUAGUAAGAGCAAACCCCCAAACAGCCUUCUUUACUUCGUUUCAUCCUAAGAUGAUAAAUACUGGUAGGGUAGAAAGCUUGGGACUUUGUUUUUUAAAAAAGGAAAACAAAUAUUAUUUUGCAAAAUUUUAUUUUCAGUGUCUUAAAGAGAGAAAAGCAUAACAUUCAGUUUACACCAUGUAAUGUUUAAUGACUAUAGUAGAUGCAUUUGACUGAUCACUUUAGGAAUGGAAUUGUGUAAGUGAAUACGAAGAAGUUUAACACGUUAGAAAGGGAAAGCUGAAUGGAGUGCAUUUUACAUUUAUAAAUACUUUAAAUGAAGUUAUCAAUAAAGUAGCACUGUUUCCUUUUAUUUAUUAACCACAACUGUCAGUUAAUGUAUUCAAUAAAGCAUUGCUAAUACCUUCUGAA